AUGGAAACAUUUUCAAGAAUGAAGCCGAGUGAUGAAAUGUUCAGUGAAGAUUUGAGCCUGAAGAGUUGGAUUGAAAAAUCUCUACCCACUGCAACUAUCCAUGUUACAGAUGCCAACUUACUCAAGCAACAAGAUGAGCAUUUUAAUGGGAAAUUGGAGUGUGUUUCAAUGAUCUUCAAUUUGGCUUUAAGUUGCUGCACUGAGUGUCCACAGGAUCGGAUGAAUAUGAAAGAUGUCUUGGCAGCGCUCAAGAAGAUAAAGCGCCAACUUGACACUUUAUCAGAUACUUCAGCACGAAAGCAUGAAGUAAUUUCGUCCAAUUCUCUUUCCCUCGAACCAACAAUCUGGAUUCUCCUUAAGGGUGUGUUAGGACUAAGUUCAGAGUACCAUGUGUUUGUACUGAAAGCAUUAGCAGAAAAAUUUGUCUGGAGAUUGCAAUUGCUCGGUACUGGGGGAUUUGGAUCGGUCUAUUGUGGUACUCUUAAUGAUGGGAGAAAAGUUGCUGUAAAAGUAUUCCAUGUACAACUUGAAAGGGCACUCGAGAGUUUAGACACAGAAUGUGAGUCGUUCAUUGCAAAGUUGUUGAGUCAGGAAGAUGGUAUUACACACACUGCAACGAUAGCUACAUUUGGUUAUGUAGCACCAGAAUAUGGAUUGGAAGGACUCGUAUCGACAAAAUGUGAUGUUUAUAGUUAUGGAAUCAUGCUGAUGGAAGUCUUCACAAGGACAAAGCCUAAUGAUGCAAGAUUCAACGGCAAUUCAAGCUUGAAGGACUUGGUGCAAAGUUCUAUGCCUAAUGCUCUAUAUCAGAUUAUAGAUACCAACUUGUUGCAGAAGGAUGAAGAACACUUUGCAGAAAAGCUGGAUUGCAUAUCGUUUAUCUUGGAAAUAGCUCUAAAUUGCUCAAGAGAAUCCUCAAGGGAGAGGAGCAAUAUGGAGACAGUGCUUAGAGAAAUGAACAAUAUCAACUAUAAACUGUUAUCAAUUGAUAGAAUGCACUGA